AUGAGUCACGUCCUGGGUCUGGAGUUGAGGAGGGAAGCGCCGCCUCUCCUUGGGCCCCUUCUCUCCUCCUUUCCCCUCCCUGCCGGUUCCUGGCCCAGCCAGAUACUGCGCAGCAAUCACCGAUUCUCCACCACCAAUUUGACUGGCGUCCCCAAGGCCGCGGGCUCCCGUAGGCUCCCCGUGGCCCAGAGUUAUAGUCGGGACACCCCGGUCGCGGGUGAUUGUCGGGUCUCCACGGGCCCGGGUCGCUGGGGCGGAUCAGGCCCCCGCGCCUUCUCGGGGCUCCCCGCAAGGCCGCAGGCGAGAUGAACAUUCUGGCGCCGGUGCGGAGGGACCGCGUCCUGGCGGAGCUGCCCCAGUGCCUGAGGAAGGAGGCCGCUUUGCACGUGCACAAAGACUUCCACCCCCGCGUCACCUGCGCUUGCCAGGAGCACCGGACAGGCACCGUGGGAUUUAAGAUCUCCAAAGUCAUUGUGGUGGGGGAUCUGUCAGUGGGGAAGACUUGUCUCAUUAAUAGGUUCUGCAAAGAUACUUUUGAUAAGAACUACAAGGCCACCAUUGGAGUGGACUUUGAGAUGGAGCGGUUUGAGGUGCUGGGCGUCCCCUUCAGUCUGCAGCUCUGGGAUACCGCUGGACAGGAGAGGUUCAAGUGCAUUGCAUCAACCUAUUACCGAGGAGCUCAAGCCAUCAUCAUUGUCUUCAACCUGAAUGAUGUGGCCUCCUUGGAACAUACCAAACAAUGGCUCGCUGAUGCGCUCAAGGAGAAUGACCCGUCCAGUGUGCUUCUCUUUCUUGUGGGUUCCAAGAAGGACUUGAGUACUCCUGCUCAGUAUGUGCUGAUGGAGAAAGAUGCACUCAAGGUGGCCCAAGAGAUGAAGGCUGAGUACUGGGCCGUCUCCUCUCUCACUGGUGAAAAUGUCCGGGAAUUCUUCUUCCGCGUGGCGGCGCUGACCUUUGAAGCCAACGUGCUGGCUGAGCUGGAGAAAUCGGGGGCCCGGCGCAUUGGGGAUGUUGUCCGCAUCCAUAGUGAGGACAGCAACCUCUACCUAACUGCCAGCAAGAAGAAGCCCAUGUGCUGCCCGUGAGCGGUAAGGGGACUGUCCAGAGCCUGCCCAGCCCUGGUGCACUGUGCCACCUUGACUGCCCUAGAGCUCGACCCUGGACAUUUGCACUGAUUGUUUUUCCAGACCAAAGAGCUGCCCCUUGGUGGCAGUACCCCUGGAGGGGUAGCGGGGACCAUGCUAGUCGCUCCCUUCCCCGGGCACCGUGCCAAAGACUAGAUGUUUCCCCCCUCCUUUGGGGGGCUCUCCAGGGUGCCCAGCAGUGGAGAGGUAAUCCCUGCUGCUUUUGCUUAGCCUGCUGGGCCCUUUUGACUAUGAGGAUGCUUAAUGAUCCCAGCCUCACACUGUGCCUUAUGCAUUAAAAUCUCUGUUAUUAGCAGUU